AUGGCUACUCCUCCCAAUCUGUCACAAGGAACCGGCUCUGUUUCAAUUUCAUCCUGUGCAUUAGUGAAGCCUUCAGGAAAUAAUUUGGAUAUAGGCGGUAUUACCCGAGCAAAGAGGCACCAAAUGGGAGUGAAGGGAGAUGUUGAUAAGUGUCCAAGGAUUCCCAAAGAAAUAAAAGAAACACUAAUAGCAGCUCAUGAGAAGAAGAGAAUUGAAAAAGAGGUGCAAGAAAUUCAAAAUAUUCGUAGUGGAAAACGACCUGCAACCUCAAGUGUUGCAUCAGUUUAUGUUAGUGGUUGUAAUGCCACCAAAAAAGGAAAAAAUGUCAAGGGCCCAUUGGAUUUAUUAUGGUUAAAGAGUCCAGAAACAAGCAUCAAAUUAGCAAAAUCAAAAAGACAAACAAGUAUAAAUGAUGCUUGUGUCAAAGAGGCAAGAGCAAGAACAGUUCAAUACAUAGAGCGAUUCCUUUGUAGGAAUGGAAUUGCUUUCAACGUUGUGCGCUCAAAAAGUUUCAAAUUAAUGGUUGAAGCUAUUGGAAACUAUGGUCCACAUCUAAAGCCUCCUAGUUAUCAUGAGUGUAGAGUUCCUCUUCUUAAAAAGGAGUUAGAGUAUACAAAGGAAAUGUUGAAAAGUCGUGAAGAAGAAAGAGAAAAAUGUGGAUGUUCAAUUAUGUCAGAUGCGUGGACGGAUAAAAAAAAUAGAACAUUGAUCAAUUUCUUAGUAAAUUGUCCAACUGGUUCUAUGUUUGUAAAGAGCAUUGAUGCAUCUGCUUAUAUGAAAACUGGAGAAAAGUUGUUUGAGCUCUUGGAUAGCUUUGUUGAAGAGAUUGGAGAGAAAAAUGUUGUGCAAGUAGUUACUGAUAAUGGAAGUAAUUAUGUAUUAGCCGGUAAGUUGUUGCAAGCUAAAAGACCACAUUUGUUUUGGACUCCAUGCGCUGCACACUGUAUUGACUUGAUAUUAGAAGACAUUGGAAAAAUACCUAGAGUCAAGAGAACAAUCCAAAGGGGAGUUACUCUUGUGGGUUUUAUUUAUAAUCAUUCAUUGACUUUGAAUAUUAUGAGGAAGUUCACCAAUAAAGCUGAAUUGGUUAGAUAUGGAGUGACAAGGUUUGCCACAACAUUCCUCACAUUACAAAGGUUGCAUAAUAAAAAAAACAACCUUAGAAAAAUGUUCACUUCCGAUGAGUGGUUAAAGUCCAAAACAGCCAAAGAAGCUAAAGGAAAAAGGGCAACAGACAUUGUACUUAUGCCUUCUUUUUGGAAUGAUGUGGUUUUCUGUCUUAAGGCUAUGGGGCCACUUGUGCAAGUUUUGAGACUUGUUGAUAAUGAAAGAAAGCCUGCAAUGGGUUAUAUAUAUGAGGCAAUUGAUAGAGCUAAAGAAAGCAUUCAAAAUGCAUUCAAAGGAAAUGUAGACAAAUAUAAGGAGAUUUUUGCUAUAAUUGAUAGAAGAUGGGAGUGUCAACUUCAUCAUCCAUUACAUGCUGCGGGUUAUUAUCUGAAUCCUCAAUUUUUUUAUAGCAAUAAACAAAUUGAGAAUGAUCCUGAAGUUGUGGAAGGCUUGUAUAAAUGUAUUGAGAGGCUAUGUACAAGUGAAGAUGAUGUAGACAAUGCUACAGUUCAAUUGUCAACAUAUAGAAGAGCUGAAGGUCUCUUUGGUUUAAGUGGAGCAAAAAGACAAAGGGCUACAAUGGCUCCUGCUGAAUGGUGGAAGAAUUAUGGAGUACGUACACCACAUUUACAAAAUAUUGCUAUUAGAGUGUUGAGUUUGACUUGUAGUUCAUCUGGAUGUGAACGAAAUUGGAGUACUUUUGAGCACAUUCAUUCUAAAAAGAGAAGCAGACUUGAGCAUCAAAGGUUACAAGACUUGGUUUUUAUUAAAUAUAACCAAGCUCUUAAUGAACGUUUUGAGUGUUCUGACGUGGUGGAUCCUAUUAUCUUAAAGGAUGUUGAUGAUAGUAAUAAUUGGUUGCUAGAAGGAAUAGCUGGAGAUGAUGAAGAUGCUGUAGAUGAAUUAGUGUUUGAUGAUGAUAACUUGACUUGGGGAACUGUUGCUAAUGCAAUCGGGGCUAGUGAACCUAUAACCUACACUAGGCAACAAGCUAAAUCAAAAUCCAAGACAACUACAAUUGCUUCUUCAUCUAAAUCUAAGGGAAAAGGGAAAGAAAUUGUUGGCCGCUCCGCGCCGCUAUCCGGGAUUGACUACUAUGAUUCUUGUGAGCAUCCAACCUUUGCAACAACAUUCAUGAUUGUUUUACCUCACAACAAACUUAUCUCCUAUAUAGUUGAUAUGUUUAAUCUAAAAUAUUUGGUCCCUAUCCAACUUGUGUAA